AUGAAAUUACGAAAUCAAACUUUAAAUGAUCCGAAUGAUGGCACAAAAUUAGCACCAGAUUCUCUAACCUCUUCAUCCUCUAAUCAAACAUUGAAUAAUUCAAUGAAAGAGAAUCGAAUAAUUCCAUUCUCCAUUGAAGAAUUAAUUCAAGCUCAACAAAAUGAUAAUUAUGCAAAAAAUAUUCUGAACAAUAUCAAGAAAUAUAAAACUUAUAUGAUCAAGGAUAAUCUCUUGAUGCGUCGAUCAAAACCAUCAGUUCCCUAUGUACCACAAGGUGAUCUUCGAAAAACAAUUUUACAAAUUUACCACGAUACUGCAGCCAAUGGUGCUCAUUUCGGAAGAGAUAAAACAAUAUAUAAAAUUAAACAACGUUAUUUUUGGCCUUCAAUGUACAAAGACAUUGAUAAUUAUGUGAAAUCAUGUAUUUUAUGUGCUCAACAUAAUCCUCGUCGAAAAAAACCUCCUGGCAAAUUACGACCAAUUAAACCUCCAGAAGGUGUAUGGCAAUUAGUAGCUAUGGAUUUUCAUGGUCCUAUUAAUCCAACAUCUCGUCGUGGCAACAAAUAUAUUAUAUGUCUUACGGAUAUUUUAUCAAAAUUUGUGGUAACAAAAGCAGUACGUGAUAAUACUGCACAAACAGCUGUUAAAUUUCUAAAAGAAGAUGUUAUUUCAAAAUUUGGUACACCUCGAUGUAUCUUAACCGACAAUGGCACUCAUUUUACAUCAACAAUUAUGAAUGAAUUAAUAAAACAAAUUGGAUCAACGCAUUUAUAUUCAACACCAUAUCAUCCUCAAUCGAAUGGUCAAGUUGAAAGAUACAAUUCAACAAUGGAUGCAAAAAUUGCAGCUUUAUCCAACAUACAGAAAACAGAUUGGGAUGACCAAUUACCAUUUGUAACAUUCAAUUACAAUACGUCGAUCCAUUCCUCGACCAAACAAAUCCCAUUCGAAAUGAUGUACGGUCGAGCACCAAUAUUACCAUUUGAUUAUCAAGGAGAUAAUGUUACAAUUCAAUAUGAUGAUGAACACGUGAAAAAACUUCAACAAUUUUUAUCAAAAUUAAAUGAACAAGCGAAAUUUAAUAUUAUUAAAAAUCAAGAACGAUACAAACAACGUUAUGAUAUAAAUCGUUCUGAUCCAUAUUAUCAAAUUGGUGAUCUUGUCCUCGUGAAAACACUCAACAUACGUCACAAAUUUGAUAUUCGUUAUGAAGGACCAUUUAGAAUCAUUCAAAUCAUUACACCCAAAACAUUCAUUGUUCAACACGUCAAAAAACCAACAUUAUAUCGUCAAGUUACAACCGACGUGUUACUACCAAUAUUUGAACGAAUGUAUUAA